ACCACCACCGCCAUUUCUUCUUUCUCUCCUUCCCGAUCGAUAACUCUUCGAAUCUUCCCUUUCUCUGCUCUGAGUUCGUCUUCUCCAUUCUCGAGGUGAACCAUUCACUCUCUCGAAAAGUUUAGUUUAGCUAAUUAUUGUGAAAGAUGGAAGAAGAUUGCGAGUUUCGACAUUGGGAUGAGUUAAUUCCAGAUGCUCUUGGUUUAAUCUUUAGUCAUUUAGCUCUUCAAGAGGUACUAACAGUGGUGCCUAGAGUUUGCAAAGCAUGGAACAGAGCUGUUACUGGACCUUAUUGUUGGCAAGAGAUUGACAUUGAGCUGUGGAGUAACCGUUGUCAUCAGUCUGAUCAUCUUGACCGGAUGCUUGAGAUGUUGAUCCCUAGGAGCUCUGGUUCGUUGCGAAAACUUUCUGUUACUGGCCUUCGAAAUGACUCUAUCUUCUCCUUCAUUGCACAACAUGCUGGUUCACUUAAAACCUUGAAGGUGCCAAGAAGUGGUCUGACUAAUUCGGGUGUGGUAAACGUGGCUGAAAAGCUUUCAUCGCUCACUUUCUUGGACUUGAGCUACUGCUGCAAAGUAGGUCCAGAGGCGAUACAAGCCAUAGGAAAACAUUGUAAAUCCCUGAGAGAGUUUUGCAGAAACAUGCAUCCAUUGGAUGUAGCAAGUGUUGUCUCUCACGACGAUGAAGCUUAUGCAAUCGCCAACACAAUGCCAAAGCUGAAGCGGUUAGAAAUCGCAUAUCACCGAGUCAGCACAGAAGGAGUACUCAAAAUCUUAUCAUCCUGCAUUUUUCUUGAGUUCUUGGAACUUAGAGGCUGUUGGGACGUGCAACUCGAUAACAAGUUCUUCAAAGAGAAGUUUCCAGAUAUGAAAGUGUUAGGUCCACGAGUGAUCGGAUUCUAUGAUAUGAUAAACGAUUGGGAGGAUUGCUGCUCAGAUUAUUUCUCAGAUGGGUCUGAUUACUUGGCUUGGGAGUUUUUUGAAGAUGGUGUAAUGGGAGAGUUCUAUGAAGAUGAGUUUGAGCAUGGUUGGGACGAUAAUUUUAAUGCGGACAACGCAAUUUUAGACAUGGAACCGCAUAUUUGGCCGCCAUCUCCAUAAACCAGGUCUUGUUAUGUUCGAAGUCUCUACCUAAAGUUGCUACUAGGAAUGGUUUUAGCCUCUUAUGUGUCUUGAUCUAUGUAUGGUGCUUGAACUUGUGUGGCUUCUUUGUGUUAUUCUAAUCUAAAAGGCUUUAAUCUCUCUUUACUUAGUGAUGUUUAGAUUC